AUGCCGGCCCGCGUCCCUCCGCGCAGCCAGUGGCUGCCGCCGCUGUUGCCACUACAGCUGCUGCUGGUCCUGGGAGCCCACCGCCUGCGCGCAGAGCCAGGCGACGGUGCGCAGACCUGGGUCCACUUCGCGCGCUCCCCAACUCCUGAGGCCGCAGGUUUCCUCCACGGCACCUUCCCCGACGGGUUCUUCUGGGCCGUGGGCAGCGCAGCCUAUCAGAUAGAGGGCGGCUGGCGGCAGCAUGGCAAGGGUGCGUCCAUCUGGGACACAUUCACCCAUCACUCCCUGGUGACCCCAGGCGACCCGUUGGUCGCCGGCAUGCCGUCGGGUGCCCCGUCACCGUCCCCGCCCGCCACUGGGGAGGUAGCCAGCGACAGUUACAACAACGUCUUUCGAGACACAGAGGGGCUUCGCGAGCUCGGGGUCACCCAUUACCGCUUCUCCAUCUCGUGGGCGCGGGUGCUCCCCAAUGGCAGCUCCGGUGCCCCCAACCGCGAGGGGCUGCGCUACUACCGGCGCCUGCUGGAGCGGCUGCGGGAGCUAGGCGUGCAGCCCGUGGUCACCCUGUACCACUGGGACCUACCCCAGCGCCUACAGGACACCUACGGUGGCUGGGCCAAUCGCGCCCUGACGGACCACUUCAGGGAUUACGCCGAACUCUGCUUCCGCCACUUCGGUGGCCAGGUCAAGUACUGGAUCACGAUCGACAACCCCUACGUGGUGGCCUGGCAUGGCUAUGCCACCGGGCGCCUGGCACCCGGUGUCAGGGGCAGCCCGCGGCUUGGGUACCUGGUGGCGCACAAUCUCCUCCUGGCUCAUGCCAAAAUCUGGCAUCUCUACAAUACUUCCUUCCGUCCAACUCAAGGAGGCCAAGUGUCCAUUGCCUUAAGCUCUCACUGGAUCACUCCUCGGAGAAUGACUGACCAUAGCAUCAAAGAAUGUCAAAAAUCUCUUGAUUUUGUAUUAGGAUGGUUUGCCAAACCCAUAUUUAUCGAUGGUGAUUAUCCUGAGAGCAUGAAGAGCAAUCUUUCAUCUCUUCUGCCUGCUUUCACUGAAUCUGAGAAAAAGCUCAUCAAAGGAACAGCUGACUUUUUUGCUCUUUCCUUUGGACCAACCUUGAGUUUUCAACUAUUGGACCCUCAUAUGAAAUUUCACCAGUUAGAAUCUCCCAGUCUGAGGCAACUCCUUUCCUGGAUUGAUCUUGAAUACAACCACCCUCAAAUAUUUAUUGUAGAAAAUGGUUGGUUUGUUUCAGGGACCACCAAGAGAGAUGAUGCCAAAUAUAUGUAUUACCUCAAAAAGUUCAUAAUGGAAACCUUAAAAGCCAUCAAGUUGGAUGGGGUGAACGUCAUUGGGUACACGGCAUGGUCCUUGAUGGAUGGCUUCGAGUGGCACAGAGGCUACAGCAUCAGACGUGGGCUCUUCUAUGUUGACUUUCUAAGCCAAGAUAAGAAGUUGUUGCCGAAGUCUUCAGCCUUGUUCUACCAAAAGCUGAUAGAGAAAAAUGGCUUCCCUCCUUUACCUGAAAAUCAACCCCUAAAUGGGACAUUUCCCUGUGACUUUGCUUGGGGAAUUGUUGACAACUACAUUCAAAUUGACACCACUCUGUCUCAGUUUACCGAUCCGAACAUUUACUUGUGGGAUGUCCACCACAGCAAAAGGCUCAUUAAAGUGGAUGGGGUCGUGACCAAGAAGAGGAAGUCCUACUGCGUGGACUUCGCAGCUAUACGGCCCCAGAUCUCUUUACUCCAGGAAAUGCACGUCACGCACUUUCACUUCUCCCUGGACUGGGCCCUGAUCCUCCCGCGAGGCAACCAGUCGCACGUGAACCGCACUGUCCUGUACUACUACCGCUGUGUGGUCAGUGAGCUUGUGCGCGCCAACAUCACCCCGGUGGUGGCUCUGUGGCGCCCCGCAGCGCUGCAUCAAGGGCUGCCGCGGCCCCUGGCCAAGCACGGAGCCUGGGAGAACCCUCACACCGCGCUGGCUUUUGCGGAGUAUGCCAGGCUGUGCUUUAACGACCUCGGCCACCACGUCAAGUUUUGGAUCACGAUGAGUGAGCCCUACACACGGAACAUGACAUACACAGCAGGGCACAAUCUCCUGAAGGCGCAUGCGUUGGCUUGGCGUGUGUAUGAUGAGGAGUUCAGACCUUUUCAGAAAGGUAAAAUUUCCAUUGCCUUGCAGGCUGAUUGGAUAGAACCGGCCUGCCCUUUCUCCCCAAAAGACAAAGAAGUGGCAGAGAGAGUUUUAGAAUUUGACAUCGGCUGGCUGGCUGAGCCCAUUUUUGGCUCUGGAGAUUAUCCGCCAGUGAUGAGGGAGUGGCUGAAUCAAAGAAACAAUUUCCUUCUACCUUAUUUCACUGAAGAUGAUAAGAAGCUAAUCCAGGGAUCCUUUGACUUUUUGGCAUUAAGCCAUUACACCACCAUCCUGGUAGACUGGGAGAAAGAAGAUCCAGUAAAAUACAACGACUAUCUGGAAGUGCAAGAAAUGACGGACAUCACCUGGCUCAACUCUCCCAGUCAAGUGGCGGUAGUGCCCUGGGGGUUACGCAAAGUCCUGAACUGGCUCAAAUUCAAGUAUGGAGACCUCCCCAUGUAUAUAAUAUCCAAUGGCAUUGAUGAUGACCUGCAUGCAGCCCAAGACAAGCUGAGGGUGUAUUAUAUGCAGAAUUAUGUAAACGAAGCUUUAAAAGCCUACGUAUUGGAUGGCAUCAAUCUUUGUGGAUACUUUGCUUAUUCAUUUAGUGAUCGCACAGCUCCGAAGUUUGGCCUCUACCGUUAUGCUGCAAAUCAGUUUGAGCCCAAACCUUCCAUGAAAUACUACAGGAAAAUGAUAGACAACAAUGGCUUUCCAGGCCCUGGAACUCUGGGAAGAUUUUGUCCAGAAGAAUUCACCCUGUGCACACAGUGCAGUUUUUUCCACACUAGGAAGUCUUUGUUGGUUUUUGUUGCUUUUCUAAUUUUUGCUUUUAUUACUUCUCUUUCCCUUAUUUUUUACUACUCUAAGAAAGGUAGGAGAAGUUACAAAUAA